CAUGUGGAGCUGCUCCAGGAAUGCCAGCAGCAACAGCCUGGCGUUAUUGUUCACUGUGUCCGCUGAUGAGAGCAGCAGUACUGGGAAGAGAAGCUCUUCAAGCAGGGAGCACUUGAAGAGGAGUCCGAAGAGCCCGAAAGCAGAGGGCUCUGAUUCUGUGACAUCUCAGUCCUCGCCGAGUGAAGAGCCUGGAACAAUGACGGAGGUGAAGGUGAAAACAGAGAUACCAGAUGACUAUAUUCAAGAGGUGAUCUGGCAGGAUGACACCAAAGAUUCCAAGAAAAACAUAAAGGAUGGGCCAGGAGAUGUGCCAGCAGAAAUCUGUGUGGUGAUUGGAGGGGUCCGCAACCAGCAGACACUUGAUGGAAAAGCAGUGGAACACAGCUCUCCUGUUGGAUAUACACGAAAUCGAUACUCAGGCACCUGGAUUUUUGACCAUGCAUUGAGAUACACAUCCGGGUCUUAUGAGUGUGGAAUAUGUGGGAAGAAAUACAAGUAUUACAACUGUUUCCAGACCCAUGUGCGGGCGCAUAGAGACACUGAAGCUGCCUCAGGUGAAGGAGCCUCACAAGGCAACAAUUUUAGGUACACAUGUGACAUUUGUGGGAAAAAAUAUAAAUACUACAGCUGUUUCCAAGAGCACAGAGACCUGCAUGCGGUGGAUGUUUUUAGUGUGGAAGGGGCCCCAGAAAACCGGGCAGAUCCUUAUGACCAGACAGUCAUAGCAGCAGAUGAAGUGAAAGAGGAGGAGCCAGAACCAUUUCAGAAGAUUGGUCCAAAAACUGGCAAUUAUACAUGUGAAUUCUGUGGCAAGCAGUACAAAUAUUACACUCCCUACCAGGAACAUGUGGCGCUGCAUGCACCUAUUAAACAUUUUGGAUUUUCAGUCCAGCAUCUGAUAGAAAUUCACAAGACAAAGUUCUCUCGAUCUCCACUCUUCGUGGCAGUGAAGACACAGGCGAGCCAAUCCGGCAAAAAAACACCGGCUUCCAUAAUCCGAUGUUCCACCCUCCUGCACCGCUCCCCGUCCGGUAUCCCACCGGCAUCCCAAUCCCAGAUGUUCCGCGCUCCAAAUUCUGGAUCCCCAGGAAGCAAGGCCACGACAGCAGAAAGCGCAUUCAGUAGGAGAGUGGAAGGCAAAGCGCAAAACAACUUUGAAGAAACAAACAGCAGCUCCCAAAACUCUAGUGAAACCGCAAGUCCCCUGAUUUCAAAUCCUUUCCCGCUUUUACAAAAACCUUACACCUGUGGAGCUUGUGGAAUCCAGUUUCAGUUUUAUAACAAUCUGCUGGAGCACAUGCAGUCCCAUGCAGCUGACAAUGAGAACAAUAUUGCCUCUAACCAACCCAGAUCACCUCUGACUGUUGUGGAAGAAAAAUGGAAACCACAGCUCCAAAGAAACAAUGCCAAUAAUACAUCUGCAAGUGGUUCGGUGGCAAACAGUGCGAUCCCGGAGAAGGAGCGGCAGAACAUUGCUGAAAGGCUGCUGCGGGUGAUGUGCACCGACCUUGGAGCUUUGAGUGUGGUGAGCGGGAAGGAAUUCAUCAAGCUGGCACAGACCUUGGUGGAUAGUGGUGCUCGCUACGGUGCUUUCUCUGUCACAGAAAUCCUUGGCAACUUCAACACACUGGCGCUGAAGCAUUUGCCUCGGAUGUACAACCAAGUGAAAGUGAAAGUCACCUGUGCCCUGGGCAGCAAUGCCUGCCUAGGCAUAGGUGUCACUUGCCAUUCUCAGAGCGUUGGCCCUGAUUCCUGCUACAUCCUGACAGCUUAUCAGGUUGAAGGCAACCACAUCAAGAGUUAUGUCCUGGGAAUUAAGGGGGUGGACAUCCGAGAUAAUGGUGAUUUUAUCCACCACUGGGUGCAGAACGUGAUGUCUGAGUUUGUGAUGUCGGAAAUCAGGACAGUGUACGUCACAGACUGCAAAGUCAACUCCUCUGCGUUCUCCAAGGCAGGCAUGUGCUUGCGUUGUUCGGCCUGUGCCUUGAACUCAGUCGUGCAGAGUGUGUUGAGUAAGCGAACACUACAGGCUCGCAACAUGCACGAAGUCAUCGAGCUCCUGAAUGUCUGUGAAGAUUUGGCAGGAUCCACGGGCCUCUCAAAGGAGACCUUUGGCUCUCUGGAAGAGACGUCUCCCCCACCGUGCUGGAACUCAGUGACUGACUCCCUCCUGCUUGUCCACGAGCGUUAUGAGCAGAUAUGUGAGUUCUACAGCAGAGCCAAGAAGAUGAACCUCAUCCAAAACCUGAACAAGCAUCUUCUCAGCAACCUGGCUGCCAUUUUGGCCCCAGUGAAACAAGCAGUUAUUGAACUGAGCAAUGAGAGCCGGCCCACCCUGCAGCUGGUACUGCCCACCUAUGUGAAACUGGAGAAACUGUUCACUUCCAAAGCCAAUGAUGCUGGCAUAGUCAGCAAGCUUUGCCACCUCUUCCUAGAGGCACUGAAGGAGAACUUCAAAGUUCACUCUGCACACAAAGUAGCCAUGAUCUUGGACCCUCAGCAGAAGCUGCGGCCAGUCCCACCAUACCAGCAUGAAGAGAUCAUUGGCAAGGUCUGUGAAUUGAUCAAUGAAGUGAAAGAGUCCUGGGCAGAAGAACCAGAAUUUGAACCUUCUACCAAGAAACCACGGGCAGCAGGUGAGGCCCCGCCAGCUCAGGAGGAAGAGCAGUUUGGAAAAAAUGAAGUCUACGAUUAUUUGCAAGAACCCCUCUUCCAGGCCACCCCUGAUCUAUUUCAGUACUGGUCAUGUGUUACCCAAAAGCAUACGAAACUAGCCAAGUUGGCCUUUUGGCUCUUAGCAGUGCCUGCUGUCGGUGCCAGAAGUGAAUGUGUAAAUAUGUGUGAGCAGGCCCUCUUAAUCAAAAGGAGGCGGCUGCUCAGUCCAGAAGACAUGAACAAACUCAUGUUUUUGAAGUCCAACAUGCUUUAAAACUGUCUUUUAAUUAAAAAAAAAUUAAAACACUGUUCCAAACAAAGAAAAGAAUUUAAGUUCUAAACACUGUGGACCUCAUUAUGAAAGCCCCUGGAAACCAAGUGCUUAUAUAUGUGUGUGUAUGAUUUUAUAUAUAUAUAUGUGGGUGUGUGUAUACACACACACACACACACACACACAUAUAUAUAAAAUAUAAUAUAAAAAUAAGUUUCAGAGGGAAGCCGAGCAUGUAUCAGACACAGCCCUCUGCCAGGAACGUGCUCCUUUCCGUUAGCUAGCAUGUGGACUUGACAGACUUUCUAAUGUUUUCAAGUGGGCACACCAAUGGGAGGCUGACAUUCUAAAAUCUUCAGGCAGCUGCGAUCUAAAGUGACUUGAAGUUUCUUUUAUUUCUGCUCCACCACCACCCCCUUGUCCCCUGGGCCACUUUGCCAUGGAUAAUCAAACAACAUUGACUAGACCGGUUCUCCACUGGGCUUUGCUCCUCUGAAGAACUGUACACCUUGAGGGCAUUCGUUUGUAGCCUUCUUAACAUACGUUGCGUGUUAUGAAGGCCGCUGUGUUUUACAAGCACUAGUAUCUCUAGAAAUCAGGAAGGGAGACUUUAAGGAAACACAUUUUUUUGCAUUUUAAUAUAAGAAAAAAAAUUAUACUCUUCUGUCUCCACUCCCAUUUUUGAGUUUAAUGUUUUAGCUAGUGAUUUUACUUUUUUGAGUUUGAUUUAGAACUGAAAGAAAUUAUUAUGGCAAAAAGGGUCUGUAAUUGUUACGUUUUAUAGAAUUUUUUUUUUUACAAGAUCAACUUUUUUCUGAAGUCCCAUUGUAAACUAGCUCAUCUCACCUGUGCAUCUUCUAUAGCAGUGGUUCUUAAACUUGUUCAUAGAGUAGAACAAAUCUUCACGGAGGGAUAGUCAUGUCAAUACCUCCUGUGCCAUUGAGAACCAACAACAUCCCUGUGGGAACUGCUGCAAUUGCUUAAAUGGAGAAGUAACAUUAGCAAAGUAAUGUAUUUUUAGUGUCUUUCAAUACACUUUAACAGCUAGCCUGGUAUGACUGGACAGGUUUCUGUGGACCACCAGCAAGUAAACCACAGGCCACCAGUGGUCCACAGGCUUCAGUUUGAGAGCCUCUGCUAUACAACAUUUUUGUAAGCCUUCCCCAUACACGUGUCAAAACAAUCUUCACAUGGUCAAGAACAAACCAAGGUGUAUGAUACAUCAGGGGAGCAGAGGUCAUCAGUUUUCAAAAUGUAGGGUCUGAAGGAAGCUAAGAUAAGCGUAUGGGCUUCUGAAUGUAUGUACUCCCACUUGAGUGCAGGGUACCUUCUUGCGUUAUUCUGAACGGUUUCCUCUGCUAGCACGAAUGUCUUUUAAAUACCUAUAGUGCAUUACACUACUUGCUACACUGCUGAAUCAUUCUGGCUGGUAAGGUCCUGUGACCUUAAAACUUCAUGUUCACUGGCUCGUCAGACAUAUAGCCCAUUACCACCUGCAGUAUAGCAGAUGGUUAUAAAACCCAAGUACCAUGAGUCAAUUCUGCUGGCAGCACAGGCGAACUCUCUAACGGUAUGUCUGUACUGCAAAAAAAAA